AUGAUUGUUUUUUUGUCAGUUGAACAUACUACCAUCACAGAGCAAGUGCAUAGGGGAAGAACUUUGGGAAAAGGACUUGAGAGGAUAAGCAGAGGCUUAGGCACUAAGUUAGCAAUCCACAUUUCUGAAGGGAACAAACGGCCAGAGACACCAAUGCAAGCUGCAAAGCUUGCAUCAGAGGGAGGGAUUGUUCUUAGGCAACACAUACCUAUCCUUCCACACUGGAAGGAGUACAAGAAGGAUCCCUCUAUCCUUACAGACUACAUUGGCAAAGUUGCUGUUCAAUUUACCAUGGACACCAAUUCUAAGCCAGUCAAAGAUGCAUGUGUUGACAUGCUCAAGGGUGGGCAACGUCAAAUGAGACACAGGCUCAAAAAACAGUACUUUGAUGAUGUCCCGGCUAAUCAAGUUAGAACUACAUCGCCGGUGAAUAGUAUGACUGAUGAGCAAUGGAGAGCCUUGGUGGCAAUGUGGUCAAGCCCAAGACACAAGGAGAAGUGCCAGAAAUACAAACUGAAUCGUGAGUUUGUUAAGUUACAGCAGCGCACAGGCUCUCGGUGCUACAUUGCACACCGCUUUGCUGUGACCGAAAUGCUAUAUCCCGAUGCACCACCCAAUGCAAUUGAACUUUUCAAGGAGUGCCAUCUUAGCAAAAAGAAAGGCCUUGCUGAGCCAGUCCAGAAGGCUAUUGAUGACAUGAACGCUAUUAUGGCAGCUCCAGUUGAAGAUGAACAGCAACCCAAUACUGCAAUUGAAGCAGUUUCUCAAGUUCUACCAUCAAGUAAAUUCCUUCAAAAUGUAGGCCUUCAGCCAGCCUUGAAGAAAAGAUCUAGCCGAGCUGAAACUUUGCGUGUGCAAGAGCUUGAAGCGCAACUUGAGAAGGAGAAACAAGACAAAGAGGAACUUCGACAAAAGCUUGAUGGUCAACAACAAGAGAUAGACAACCUAAAGAAACAGUCAGAAGAAGCAAGACAGAAGCAUCUAGAAGAUGUUGGAGAUCUCAAGAAGCAAUUAGAAGAAAACAAUGCUCUCCUUCGUGGUUUGAUCAGCUUCAAUCAGAGUCAGUAAUAGGUGAAUACUUAUCCCUAACGUGGUUUAUGCUUUCAUGGGACUAUGGUAUUUUGGGAAUAUUAUAGCUAACUUUGGAUCUAGGAGUUGAUGUGUCUAGAUGUGAACACUAGGUCCUUUUUGGCUUGAAGUGCCAUACUGCUCUGCUGUUUUGUGAACCUGUUGGUUGCCAAAUGUGCAAAAUGUGAAGAUCCUGUUAUGUGUGUGGAUCUAGAUGGUGGUUGUCAUAUUUUGUGAGAUGGUUCUGUUGGUGGAAUAUAUGGAUUAUUGCUAUGUCAAUGAACUAUUGAACUGUGAUAAUAUUAUGUGAAUGAAGUAUGGUUAUGUUAUUCUA